AUGUCCUUCACCAUUCCUGCCGUGGCGAAACAUACUGCGACGAUCAUAUUCAUCCAUGGCCUCGGUGACACUGGCUUUGGCUGGGAGGGAUUUGCCAACAACUCAAACACAGAUCCGGCUCUUCAGCACAUAAAAUGGAUUCUGCCACACGCUCCACCAAGACCUGUCACGGCGAACAAGGGCGCAGUCAUGCCUAGUUGGUUCGAUAUCAAAGCCUUCCGGGCUGGAUUUAGCCAGGAUGAAGACGAGAAGGGGAUGUUGGAGACCGUUGGGUUGAUCCAAGGCCUCAUUCAAGCGGAAGUCGAUGCUGGCCUCGAUCCCGGUAGAAUCGUCCUCGGCGGCUUCAGCCAAGGCGCGGCGAUGACCUUGCUCACUGGGUUGACCUCGCCAACGAAGCUAGCUGGCCUGGUCGUUCUGAGCGGUCGGCUUCCGCUGAAGGAUAAGAUCAAAUCGAUGAUAUCUCCUCACGCGACGUCUGUGCCGAUUUUCUGGGGGCAUGGUGAGGCGGAUCCGCUGGUUGCUUUCGAAUGGGGCUCCGCGUCUAGGGAUUUCCUCAUUGCGGAGGUCGGUAUCCCUGCGGCAGCGUCGAAAGAAGACCCUACAGGUCUCAACUUCAAUAGCUAUCCUCGUCUAGUGCAUUCGGCCAGUACGGAGGAGCUGAAUGAUGUCAGGGCAUGGCUCAAGAAGAUUAUUCCUAGUAAUUGA